AUGAAGCAGAUUGCCGCUGAGGGCAAUGCCCACUUCCACCGAUUGGGCUGGAAGCGUCUGUCCAUCGUGCUGGUCGUGGAAGCCGUCGCCCUUGGCGCCCUCAGUCUUCCCAGUGCCUUUCACACGCUGGGAAUGAUCCUUGGUGUCUUUCUGACUGUAUUCUUGGGACUGGCCGCUGUCUUCACUAGCUACAUUGUCGGUGAAGUCAAGUUGGCUUUUCCCGACAUUUCACAUUACGCUGACGCUGGACGUUUGUUGCUCGGUAAAAUUGGACUCGGCCGCUUGGGAUACGAGGUUUUCGGCGCCGCGUUUGUUCUGGAGCUGCUUCUCGUCGUUGGAUCACACGCCCUGACUGGCAGUAUUGCCCUAGUCACCAUCAACGGAGGACAUCUCUGUUCGAUCGCCUUCUCCGCUGUCUCGGCCAUCAUCCUUCUGAUUCUUGCGAUUCCUCCUUCAUUCACUGAGGUUGCGAUCCUGGGCUACAUCGACUUCGUUUCCAUCCUUGCCGCAAUUGGACUCACCAUCAUCGCUACAGCGAUUCAAGCUAGUGAUUCACCCGGGGGUUUGUCUGGCGUUACGUGGUCUGCCUAUCCCAAAGACGAUCUAAGUUUUUCCGAGGCCUUCGUUGCUGUCAGCAAUAUUGUCUUCGCCUACAGUUUUGCCAUUGGACAAUUCUCCUUUAUGGAUGAGAUGCACACACCCAAGGAUUUCAUGAAGUCCAUCUGGGCGAACGGUGUGAUGCAGGUCUUAAUCUACACCCUGACUGGUGCUCUCUGCUACGCCUUUAUCGGAUCUACCGUUCAGUCGCCGGCUCUGCUCUCUGCUGGCGAACUUAUCUCGAAAAUCGCCUUCGGCAUUGCAUUGCCCGUCAUCUUCAUCUCGGGCUCUAUCAACACGACUGUUGCCCUCCGCUAUGUCCAUGGCCGAAUCUAUAAGAAUUCGAUUCACCGCUAUAUCAACACUCCUAUUGGCUGGGCUAGCUGGAUCUUGAUUGUCGCUGUCUUUACAAUCAUCGCAUGGAUCAUCGCCGAGACCAUUCCCAUCUUCUCCGACCUCCUGUCGCUCUGUUCCGCGCUUUUCGUUUCAGGUUUCUCGUUCUAUAUCCCCGGCAUUAUGUGGUUCGUUUUCCUGUGCAAGGGAAAGUGGUAUGCUCGGGAGAACAUCGCCAUGAGUAUUGGAAGCAUCAUUGUCUUCAUUAUCGGAAUUGUAGUCCUGGUCGGCGGCACAUACUCUACCAUUGUCGAUAUUAAUCACCAAAUCUCGACCGGUAGCGACCACGCACCAUUCACCUGCAGAUCGGUUUAG